AUGCCUACCGUGAGCCUGCUUUCCUGGGCGCAGUCCCAUCCGUUCAUGGUGACAUCUUGGUCUCCAGAAAAACAGGAAGUCUUAGAACUCUUCGUCCAAUCACAACAAGGACUCACAAAAGCUCUUCAAGCCUGCGCAGCUUUUGACGGAUUUGCGUCGUACACUGCGUUUGUGAGCGGACCGUACGGUGCUAGUAAAUCCACAGACGACUAUGAGUGUGUCCUGGCCAUUGCAACCGAUUUUGGAAUUGCAGGAGUUAUCCCCUACUUAAAAAAGCUUUUUUAUGGAUACAACACGUCUACAUCAUAUGUGCGUCGCGUGCAUUUUGUUUGGAAAGUGCAGACUAAAGAAAUUGCUGUUGCCGCUCAACCGUUAUUGAAUGAACUUCUCGCUGAUGAUGUUCUGGAUAACGGCUAUGUGACAUUCGGCAAAACGAGAGACGCAUUCGGCAUCAAUGGACGUGCGUCUGUCUUCAAUGCUAGCCCCAAUUACGAACAUAUUGUUUCGGAGGAGGCUUCUGGGAAACAUAUUGCCAGACUUCCAAACACGAGUGAGGAACAAGGGAAAACACUUGUCUUGGUCAUGGAACGGUCUAUGUACACAGAUCAUGAACGUCGUGUGACCAGCGAACGAAAUAAGAAAUACCGAGGGAUAGCUCUAAUCAACUUGAGCCAGAUUGUGCCGGACAAUUCUAUUUGCCGGGCAUUGGAUCCAAGGAACGUGGAUAGACUAUGCGAAGUCUUCAGUAAAGAAGGGUGUCGACGAUUGGAUGUUCCUAACCAUGUCACUGCCGUUGUAUCGAGCCGCAGUCUCGAUGCUGCACUCCAAAAGGCGCGAAUGAGCGCUGCUCAACUAAUGAGUGACACAUCCGACGAAUAUCCUCACCUGCAGUUUUCCAGUGGGCAAGUGAAAUGCCUGCACGGACAGCAUCGUUUGAAGGCCGGCGAAGAAUUCUUAGCAGACUGCGAUCAGUGGUGGACAGUAAAUCUAUACUUAGAUGACAUAAGCCCCUCGCUUAAAGCAACUCUCAUAGAUGAAUACUGCAACGAGAAAACGCCAACCGAUGGCGAAAUAUAUCGUAAGAUUCGCCAAUAUCAGCAUGAGGCAAAUGCCCACUUUGAGAAGCGAUGGAAGGCUCGUCUUUCACCGAACAAACUGAAGCGUUUGCAGCAACUUGAAUCCCACGAUGAUGUUCGCGCUGCAGUAAAUUCUCUGUUAGCACUGCCAGCUCUACUCGAGCAGGGAAUGAAACUUUGCUCAAUCUCCCGGGCUUUGGCUAUUGGCUGCGAUGAGGAAUUGGUCCACGGUCUGAACGAUUUGUACGAUUACUGGGCGUCUUUGGUAAAGCAUAAGCGUUCAAAAAUGUUGAAAAUCGACCCCCAUUCAAUACAAUCAUUGCAGCUCUUGGCUCCUGGAGUUUCAAACAAAGACAGAAAACUUGCAAAAGGGCUUGUUUUUGGCGGCGAAGCCUUCUCAGGAUUCACUUCGGCUGAGCGUGCCUCAAUCUGGAAAAAAAUGAAAUCAAGGAAACGCAUCAUUCCCUCACUUUACACCUUUUUCCAGAAUGUGUGGUAUCUGGAGUCUUCCGCAAAUUGCUUGAAGCGACUAGUUUCGCUCAACAAAUUUCAACCGACUGUCAAACGCGCAAUGCGAAAUGCAUUUUCGAAGUUACCCUCUGAAGGUGGCGACUGCUUAGUCCAGAUGUCCGAAACAAAAUUCCAGCAUUGCAAGAGCCUCAGGAUCGAUCUUGCGGAACUAGCCUAUCGACAACUUUGGCUGUAUGCAAUGCGCCAUUAUCCGAAAAUGGCCAAAGAACCCGAGAACCAGGAUCAGGUGGUGAAGGGUUGGGAGAAAGCAGACCCUAGAGUCCUUUACGACUUGGCUGUUCUGGCUCGGAAGCUGGGGUAUCAAUCUGACCAAAUCAGAGCUCUGUUAAAGCAUUCCCCUGAUCGACAAAUCGCACGCGAGGCGCUUCUGAAGGCACGAGACCAUGUGAAAUACAAAUAUGACAACGAUGUUUUCGACUCCCUCGUGGAUCGCGUAGCCGAGUGCUUUCAACAGGCUUCGCCACUUGACUGCGACCCCGAGAGGGGACAUAUUGAUGAUAGAGAGACUAAGGUCAGAUUUCGAUGUGGCAAUCCGCAAGCCAAGGCCCAGAGGCAAGACCGUUGGUUUCUCUUCGUCGACCAGCUCCAUACUGCAUGGCCAUCGACUACCAAAAAGGUCUCCACUUUGUUUGUGAGACAGUGUGUGUAUUACACAUUCUUCAACCAGUUAGAAUUCAGUCCCCCCUGUGUCGAAGAUCAGCGUGCGAUGUCGCCGCUUUUCGUCACCGAGGAAAGCUCCGAAUCGAGCACACCUUCCAGCAAAGAAGAGAUACCUCCAAGCCGGGCAUAUUCACGAAGAAUUGAUCGGAAAAGGCUUAGAAAGGCGAAUCGCCAUGGCCGGAGUCGAGAAAAGCGAGAGAGACAAAACCCACAGGAAAAGAAGAAGAGGCGGCGAGAACAUGAGCGCCAGAAGCACCAAUUGCCUCGCUCUCAUCAAGAGCCGUUAAAAUGGCGUGCGUCAGAAAAUUCACCAAUAAGAAUCUGCAGUACACAUGAUGGUUCAAGUGAUAUGGAUUGGUCGUCACAUUCAGGAGAAGAGGAAGGGUGCCGUGCCGAUUACGGUGAGCGUUUGCAGCAAAGCUCGGAACUUGGUAGAAACGACGACAUGGAGAUGCCAGACGAGACAGGCACGGAAUCUGCUGGUGACCCAAAUUAUGAAUAUCAAGCCGACGACCUAAUGUCUGUUGAAAUUGCGCAUGAGCAGAUGCAGAACACACGCAGCCACAGCUCAACAACCACAGCUGCUGAGCAGCAUAUCCCGGGAGAACAAUUGGAAUUGAGCAAUCAACGCGAGGAAGAAACGACAACAAACUAUGCGUGUGAGCAUGCAGAUGUGGAAAAAACCGGAGAACUAGAAUCAACAGAAGUGGACCCACAACAAGUCGGUUCUCCCUCUGGCCACGGGCCGUCCAGAACAAAGAGUGUAGUACGUCCUAGGAGUCGAGGCGACGCCAAAUGGAGUCCUUAUGAUAUGGCACAGCGGAAAAAGCAAGAAAAGCCUUUCAUUCCUGAGCAACCACAUGAGGUAUUAGAACGACAGAUCGACAAGCUAUUACAGCCAAGCGAGGUGUCCAACCGGGAGCGUCCAAUCAGGCCAGUGACCCAAGUAGACUUUACAGAGAUGUCUUUUGAGCCGCCAAGGGCCAGUCAAGUCCAGAAAGAAGCCGGUAUAACGGAUGGACAAGACCAGGGCGCAUCUACCCAAAGCCAGACCCCUUGGGAUGCAACUGUUACGACCUCCGCGGAGAUUUUUGACCCCGGGAGUGGCGAGAAUGAGGAAUUUCGGGAGCCCACGGGGAAUGGAGACAACUAUUCGACGCAUGCUGUUGAACCAAGCACUGUCCAAAUGACAACUGAGAACAUCCCGGCAAACGAAGCAAACCCGGUAGGGGAUGACCAGACCAGUUUGUCAGAAAUUCUGACAAGUGCCCCGACAUCUCCCAAAAGCCCAACAGAGCCCAAGUCGCAAAUACCCGCGCAGGUCGGACAGAAAUCAAAACGAAACGGAAUGAUUUUUGAGCAUUCAGAAUCUAAGCAGCCACCGGCAGACGACAUACCAGAGAAUACAUCACCGGAAGUUCAGGCUGCUCCAGUGGGGUCCCGGGCAGGGGAGGACCACGAGCCACCCACUUCAACAACGCUAACCGAUCAACCGGUAGAAAGACACGCAAUUGGAGAACAGCCGCCUAUAUCUGAGAAUGUUGUCGCAUCUGAGUAUAAUAGCAGGGUCGAGGAGAGUCUGCAGAAUGACACGACAGCAGCGCCUCAUGUCCCUAAACGACGCCGUGACGAAACACUACGCCCUACAGGUAUCUCUGGAGCUUCCGAUCAUAUGAUGGUAGACGGGCCGUCGGGCAGAAAGAGAGGAAUCUUGUUCGGCCAUCGACGCCCCCGGAAAGAAGUCAAGAAGCCAAGGGCAAUCACGCAAAUUGAUUUCACAAACUGGAGUGACGUUGCUACUUCGCAAGGAGACUCCGGAGAUCCUCGUGAAGCGAAUGCAGUGCAAAAGGACUCAUUGGCUCCUAAACGUUGGCACGACACAAACCAGUCGACUCGGUCAAACGACAUGGACCUAGAUGAUAGCGAGAAAUUUUACCCCGCACAUGCUGAACAACGUGAAGCUCAGACUGUUGAUUAUGAGCCACAGAGCGGGGAGAAUCAAAAAGUCCGUAUCGUUUUUAGGGGAAGAGAUGGUCGGGGUGGCUGGGAUCACGUGAUUGAUCAGAUAACGGUCGAUCCGUCUGACCCAGGACCGGUGGAAAGAUUCGCCAGGGAGAAAGCGAGGGAGCAAGUUCCGGCAACUUUCUAUGACCAAAACCUUCGCACGGUUGUCCCUGCGCAGUGCUUUGACGCGGCUGUUCAGGAUGGCACGAACACCAUCUUUGUGGCUUUUGGUCAUGAAGUGGCUCGCAAUGAGGAGAACAUGGACUCUGUUUCGCGUGCUUUAGCGGAGGGUAGUGAUCAAAGCAUGCCGGAUGAUGUAGCCUCGCUCUAA